CGGCGUGCACUUACCGGAAGUCAUCCUAAUUCAUCUUCCUCGCCAAGAUGGGAUCCGUUGUGUUGACGGUUUUGUCUGUGACAAUAGGGAUCUUUUUUAUCUUCAUCGGAACAUUGAAAUUAAACUCAUCUAUAAGCACAGAAAUUUAUAGGGAAAUGAGAAAAACUUUCAUACGAAGAGCUAAAGUAUUCCCAUUAGUGAAACAGACAGGAUGGAAACCAAACCCUCAUUUUUACAGAAAGGUUAUUGGCACUGUGGAGGUUAUUAGUGGCGUCACCUUGCUAGCUAUUCCAGGGAGCUUGAAGCAAGUUGCAAAUGUAUCGCUGCUGUUGAUUAUGUUGAGUGAUAUCUACACCCAUUAUGCUCUUGAUGAGGGGCUGGAGAGAAUGAGCCCGGCAAUUGUGUUCGCUUUGCUCCUCUCCUGCCGCCUCAUCAUUCACCUGCAACUCCGUGCUAGGGAAGGUGCCGCCACCAACAGCACUGUCAGAAGACCUUCUACAUCACAAUUCACAAAGAAAGUAGAAUAGACACAUUGACAAAAACACAAGCAUAAAUAAACAAAUUAACAAAAAAAAAAAAUCCAUAUAAUAAUCGAACCAUUCAUACCUGCAGAGAAAACUGUUGAGUUUUUCUUUUCUGUUUUUUCCCAUUUCUGUAUAUUUUUUUUGUUUUUGUAAUUUCUUUUUGUAUUAUAAUAUUUGUGAUUUUUUUCUUACUUGUUUUCUAAACUCCUGUUAAAAUAUACAAAAAUAAAUAUAUGAAAGGUAAAAACAAUAAAAUUAGACAAGAAGAGGGAAAAGAAAAAGAAAAAAAAUACGCAAUUUCAGUAAGAAACUUCUUGUAUUGUUCAACCACUCAAAUCCCCUUUCCCACCCCUCUCACUGAAAGAAAAAGAAAAAUCAAUUGUUGUUAAAACAUAAAUUAUUUAUUAUCAUCAUCACAAAGGGGAGUGAAUUUUAAGUCAGAAUCAGUAGAGCAAUUGACAAAAUGCCGUGUGGUUUUUAGUUGCAUCACUUUACAUUCUCGACUUAAAUCCUGCCUAAGUCAACUUUUCCUUUACCUGUCAUCCUUCUGUGUGUGGGUGGGUGGUAGGUAUCAAUAAAAUAAAGUACCAGUUAUGAACUGGGGUUGAUAUUUAUCAACUGUUCAGUUUUUUCCCCUCUCCCUUUUAUUCCUGGCUUUGUGCCUGUAUUAGGAUAACAAACAAACAGUAUUAUUGUCAUCAUCAUUAAUAUAAGUAUGGCAAAGAAUAUUGACAAAAAUGCCCUUUUUUUGUUUGUAUUUUAAAUUUCUUCUGUCUUUUUUAAAGAAUAAAGUCGACAUAACUUAGGUAAUGUUGAAUACAGAGUCAUUUUUAUGUGUCUGUUUGUUGAUAUUUUAUUUUUCAAGGUCUAUAUCAAUGGUUCCCAGCCAGGGUCCAUAUGGCCCUUGGUGGUCCAUAUAAGAUUUUGUUGUUAAAAAUUAUGUGCAAUAAAUCAGAUAUACCUCUACAACACAAAAUAUUUUAACAAUUUUUUUAUGCAGUUCUUUAUAAUAUUCAAUUAUAAAAAUAUGAUAGGAUUUUUUUAAACAUCUAAUGGCUAUGAGAGUCCAUCUGAGUAAAAUAGGGAUCCAAGGGGGUCCAUAGGUGAAAAAUGGUUGAGAAUCACAGGUGUAGAUAAACAUGUCUGAUUGAUUAAGAACUUGAGGUACCUUGGGAAAAGAUGUCUUGUGUCAAAUCAUGUCAACCCAAACAUUGUCAGUGAAAUAGACGAACAAUCCACACAAUUUCAAAGGAUUAGUCUUGACACACAUACUGUCAUGCUAAAUCUGUCCGAAGAUUAGGCCACAGGUACAAGCGUCUGUGGAAUAUUGUGGUACAAAGCUGUAUGGCAAGACGUUUGCUUCCCAACCACAUGGUUACAGGUUCUGUCCUACUGUGUCACCUUGGGCCAGUAUCUUCUUCUGUUUCACUUGAUUGACCAAAAAGCUUUGUGAGUGGAUUUGGUUGACAGAAAUUGAAAGAAGCCUGUUGUGUGUGUGUGUCCACUUGUCUUGACAUCAUGCAAUAGUUGUAAAAUGGUUGUCAGUGCAGUGUCAUUCAUUUCCAAUAUUCUGUGAGAACAUGUCUGACCUUGCAGAAAUAUUACCUUGUUUGGAAACAGGUAUGGGUUGGUGACAAGAAGGGCAUCCAGCUGUAGAAAACCUGCCUCAGUAAACACCAUCUGAUCCACACAAGAAUGCAAAGUGGACAUUGAAAUGAUGAUGAUAUAAUAUAUAUAUAUAAAGAAUAUGAGGGGUUUAGUUCACUGAUGAUCUAAACCUGGCCAACUUGAAUUACAUUGCAGGCCACUUUAAUUACAGAGAGUUUUUUGAGAGCCGCUUGUAUACGGACAGAAUUGAAAUCAUUUUGCUUUCUUGUGCUAUUAUUACAAUAAUGAAUGAAUGAUCGUUGAUUGAACAUGAAAUAUUGUUGCAAAGACAGUAGUAUCUUUCUUUUUUACUUUUCAUUACAAUCUUGAACUUUUGGUAAAAUUUUAAAAAUACUUGUUUAAAUAAACCCAUUUCAAGAAAGUAUCAAGUGGACAACAAGAUAAAAGUCUGCGGGCCGCAUGUGGCCCAUGGGCCUCAGGUUGGCCAGCCCGGAUCUAAACCAAUAGGUACGCUGCAUAAGUGCUAUAAUUGGUCAUCCGUUAGGUUCCAAAUUGACAGCUGAGGCUGGCGCUAGGGAUCUGUUUUGAAUGCUGAUACCUACAUAUCAUGUAUAUAUAUACACACACACACACACACAUAUAGGCAACCACCUACAGACAAAUAACAACAUGCUGUAUAAUAAUAGAACCAAGUCACUUGAGAUACAUUAGCACUGAAAGGUACACCAUAAGUUGUAUAGUAUCUCACCUGUGAGGAAUAGAUACAAGUUGGGUCAAAACGAUUAUUGUGAUUAAUAAAAAAUCUUGUGAAUUCA